ACUCACCUUUCACUUUAGUCCUCAGUCUUUUACCUGUUGGAAAAGCGCGAGCUCGGAAAUAAACUAUUAAAAUGGCGUGUGGAGGAUUUGUUUGUUCGAGAUAUACUCUCUGCGCCUUAAACAUUCUUUAUAUGUUGGUGAGUUUGCUGUUAAUAGCAGGGGCAGCCUGGGGCAAAUGGGUGGAUCUGGUCUCCAGCUUUCGUGUGGUCGCUGCCAUCAUCAUCGUGGGCAUCUUUCUCUUCUUCGUGGCGAUGUUGGGUCUGUGUGCAGCAAUGAAGCAUCACCAAGUCCUCUUGUUCUUUUACAUGCUCAUCCUUCUCGUGGUGUUCAUUGUGCAGUUCUCUGUGUCCUGCGCAAGCCUGGUGAUCAAUAAGGAACAGCAGAAAUUGCUCCUGGAGAUCGGUUGGAAUAAGUCUGAGGUCCUGCAGUCCGAUUUGGAGAGAUCACUGAACUGCUGUUAUUUCUCAGAGGUCAACUACAACGGAACAUGCAAGGCUUCAUGUGUGGGAACACAAAGUUGUCAACCUUGUUCAGAUAAAAUGCUGGAGUACGCUGAUGAUGUGCUGCACUUUGUGGGAGGAACGAGUUUGUUUUUCAGUUUCACUGAGAUUCUGGGUGUUUGGCUAACAUACAGAUAUAGGAAUCUAAAAGGCUCUCGUUUAAAUCCUCGAGCGUUCCUUUGAGAAACUUUUCAGAUUGUGUUUUAGUUUAGAUGCUGCUCAAUACUUAUGAUCACAGAGCAAAUCAUUUAAUAGAGAAUGACUCCUAUGGUUGUAUUUUUAUUGUAAAUCCCUUUAUUAAUUGUAUAACUAUGGUUUCAUUAUUGUGUUGGAAAUGUUAGCCCAUUUGUUUAGUUUAAAUUUUGUUUUAAAUAGUUGUUAGGCAUUUUAGAAAAUUUGAGCUGAAAACAAUGCAAAAUACAAAGCUGGAACUGUCAGCGCUAAUACAACUUAAACAGUGUUGUGAAGAGAACAUGAAAUGUAAAGGGAGGUGUUGAUGUGAAUUUAAGUGACUUGAUAAACCAGUGAAACAUAUAACUAAUAAUAAAUGUAUAUUAAUAAAUGAAUACCUGGGCUUUGCAAAGUCUAAAGUUUAACACUUUGUUUUGUAAAUUCAACCCUAAUGGAAAGUUCUUGUGCAGGGAAUUUCUUCUUUUGUAUUAACUGAAAGUAGAAACUGCUCAUUAACUUCUCACCUUCAAGCUUCACGUUUUCAUUGGCCACAUUAGCACACAGGUAUUUGACUUUACCCUAGAGGUAUACAAUCACUGGCCACGUGGUUGCACUCUGAACAGGACAUAAGCAGGAACUGCUGCAUCAUUUAUUUGGAUAUGGAUGAGCCACAGCACAGAGAUCUUACCCAACCAUGAACACAUGAUUAAGGAACCUGUCUACAGUGCUUCAUAUGAAGUAAUGUUUAUUACCAUGAUGAAGGAGGGACUUGGGUAGGUAGAACUAUAUGCUUAAUAGGCUGUUGGGAGAGAAAGAAAAAUCCCUCAGUUUAUAAUGAGCUGUAAUACUGGAAUCUGGUCACCACUGCUGUUUAAAAUACAUUAACUUACUGUAAUAAAUCACAGGUUUCACACAUUGCUGCAGUGUUACUCUGUACAGUAAUGUUUUUAAAAGACUUUGUAUUCUACUGAAUGUAGUGGCCACUCUGUACAGAAAGCCUAACAAGUUAUAAAAAUGUAUUCUAUUGCAUUGUGUAUAUCUGUCACUUGUGAAUUACACUUAUUCUAAACAGA